AUGUCCGACGAAGUGUCCCAGUUCCUCGAGCAGGUCGAGCAGCUGCGCGGCAAGCAGAUUGAGGAUGACCAGCUCAGAGCCCGCGAGCGCGAGGAGUUUAUGGCGGCCAAGCGAGAGCGCCAGGCCAGAAGAGAAGAGCGCGCACGAUCAAUCUCGCCGCAAAAAUCUUCACCCGCAAACACUCCGUCUCCGCGCGCCAAUGCCCGCGCCGUCAACCUAUCCGACUCGCUGAAGUUCGACUCCUCCCUUAACCUUGACGACGCCCGCGAAUCCUCAGUGGAACUGGCACGCGGGAUGGGAUACUCGAACUCGCCCACAAAGGAGAACGAGGCACCGAUUGGCGUCGAGUCCAAGCAAGACGCCACCGUUGGUGCCUCUGACGCCGGUCUUGCCAGAACCUCGACGCUGUCCUGGCAGCAGCGCCGGCCCAACUCGCGCGGCGGCACCGCUUCACGCCCGCUGAGCAUGGUGGCCGCGCAGAAUGCCACGCAACGUGGUGUCGCCCGCAUGCAAGAUCCGCAGCCCCCUGCUGCGACACCCGAACACCAGACCCUCACGAGAGAAGACAUCGCCAAGACGCUGGGCUUGAAGGAUCCCUCGUGGUUCCGCCAGACGGCUGAACGUGGCCAAGCCUCCGCUGCUUUUAGGAAGAACCAGGUGGAAGACGGUGAUACCAUGGACAUGUCGUCUGUCAAGGCUCAAUUGCCCGGCAUGUCAGGCGUGGAAAAGGAAUCCGUGGCAAGCCCGACAUCUGCUACUCUUGCGUCCCCACUGCCACUCAAUCCACCGGCCUUUGACUUUGCGGCGGAAAGGCAAGCUGACACCGACUUGCCCAGCGGCCGAAGUUCGCCUACCCGCUCUGCCUCUCCUACAAAGGGCCUGGGUGGGUUUGUUCAGAGUGCCAUGUUGAAGAGAAGCGACAGCAUUAAGCGCUGGAGCGUUACCAGCCCUCCUGGCUUAAGCCGUGCCGAUUCGGUCUCUGGUAACAUUGCUGGUCACAAGGGAGAAGCAGUAAGAGGAAGCCCACGACCGCGGAGCACGAUUAGAGAAUCUGCUACGCCGGAUUCCAGCCGACCUACGUCACGAAGCGGCAUCAAGGAAGAGAGCGCAUCUCCCGACCCCUCAAGCCAAGGGACUCUAAGCCGCGAGCCAAGCGAUUUGAAAAUUCCCACCAGCCCUUCCAAAACAAUGGAUUCGAGACGAUGGAGCCCGACCAAGUCCAGCUGGCUGGAAAGCGCCCUGAACCGACCCGAGUCCCCUCGACCGCAGCACAAGUCCAAUCAGUCGCAGCCCGAAUGGAUGUCGGAGCUGGCCCGCAGCAAGGCCGCAAGCCCCAGCGGCGAAGGCAGUCGCCCAGGCUCGCCUUCAAAGCAUCCCGUCAGCAUCGGCGGCCUCAUGAGAACGACACCAUUUGAUGGAGGCGCGAAAACCAACACGACCGGCCUGGGUGGAAUCUACUCUCCGCCUCCAGGUGGCAACAGACCGCAAUUCGGGCACGCUGCUAAGCAGAGCUUUUCUAUGGCUUCAACCGUGCGACCGUCCUCGAGCUUCGAAGCUGAACCUCCGCAUACCCCUACGCCAAGGGAAGCCAAGCCAGAUCUUAAGCGAGAAGUCAAGCCGGAAGUCAAGCCGGAAGUCAAGCCGGAAGUCAAGCCGGCAUUGAAGCCAGAGGUGAAGUCAGAAGCGAGGUCCGAUACUAAGCCGGACACGGAUACGGAUGCGCGGUCGCAGCCCAAGCCGGAGCCUGUGAAGCGGAUAGCCUUAGCUUCCCCCCCGGCUCUCAAGCCCAAGCCCGCUGUGCCACCGACGAAGGACUUCCGCUCAAGCUUAAAACCCCGUCCUGUCGACACUGACGCCAAAGCAUCCGAAGAACCCGAGUUCAGAAAUGCUCUGGGCAACUUGCGUCGCACCAAGACACAGAACUAUGUCGCGCCUGAUGAACUGAAAGGGAAUAUUCUUCGCGGCAAAGCUGGCCUUGCUGCUAGCGGUGGCCCGCAAAAGACGGAGCGAAAGGACGAAUUCAAAGAUUCGAUUCUCAAGAAGCGAGAAGACUUCAAGAAAGCUCAAGCUGAUGGGAAAGGUGUUGCACGAACUGUUGCAGCUGCUUCGGCUCCAGCAGCUUUACCGGAGGGUCUGGCCAGGAGAGCCGAGCUGGGCAAGGGUGGUUCCGUCCGGGGCAACAACCCUGUCACUGGUUCAUCUGCCGCUGCCGCCAAGAAGCCAGAGCCAUUUAAGCCAGUACCUGCGCCGAAGCGAGUCCCCAGCGGCGCUGCCUCGGCUGCCACAAAGAACCCCGGGCCCGAAAAGCCUCGCCGCGUCUCCACCGAACCCCAGAGAAAGGCCAGCAUCGAAGCCCGUCGGGUGCCCAGCAUGAAGAAGGAGACUACGGCGCCGGCGAGCCUGCAGCAAGGUCGUGCUGGGGCUGGUAAGCUCGCAGACCGUUUCAAUCCCAGUCUUGCCAAUAUGCUUGCGCGAGGUCCGCCCCCAAUGGCAUCAAAUGCAGGGCAACGGUCUGAAGACAAUGGAGCGAGCGCCAGCCCUGUGGCCGAGCCAUCCGCACCCGGACCGCAGUUGACACAUAUGACCAAGGGACGAGCUCGUGGGCCUAAGAGAAAGGUUCCGACGUCUGCCGCUGGCGCAAAGGCUAGCGCUGCGCCGGCAGCUACGGCGGCUCCUGUAGAGGAGCCCACGAAGCCCUCGCCAAGAACCGAGGAGGCCAAAGUAGCAGCCACUGAGCCCGAGAGGAAGCCCGGUGCUAUGUCUGUUCAAGAGCAAGUUGCGGCCCAGGCAGCUGCUCGUAGCAAACCUCCGCCGCAGCGGCCUUGGGAAUCAGCGGCAAGCAAAGCAAGCGCCGACGCCAGCUCGUCGCCCAAGACACCUUUGCAAAAGUCAUCCUUCAACCAGGCAAACAGUGCAGUUACCUCGCCUUCACACGACGCCUUUCCUGGAAAGAGCACCAUUGCAGAGAAGAGACAGUCUAAGCCGCUGAGUGCUAACCGCCUCUCUAAGUUUAUAGACAGUGUUGAAGAGAAAUCUGACAAGCCGAGCCCUUCGCCAAAGCCUCUCGCGCCAGCCAAGGUCACGCCUUCAUCUAAUUCUGCCUCCUCGCCCAAUUCUGAAGUUUCGUCAAAGCUGGCGCCCUCACCGCGAUCCGUCGCCUCGCCCAAGUCAGCUUCCUCAAAGCCAGCUUCGAUCAGUGUUCCUUCGUCCGCGCCUAUUUCACCAGAGAAGCCUACCACACCACGACAGAAGCAUGCCACAUCACAAGAGCAGCCUACCACACCACGGGAGAAACCCACUACACCGCGGGAGAAGCAGAGCGAAAGACAGUUUGCGUCUCCCGCUCAUGCCAUGCCCUCCAGAACAUUUGGUACCAUCGGCCCAGGCUCGCCCUCUAGAAGCUUUGGCACCAUCGGCCCAGGUUCACCCAGGCCGACACUACAUGGACCCCGUCCUCAGGCCGACUCGUCACGCCCGAAGUCGCGACACGGCCGCCCUCUUUCCAGCGCUGGCCUAUCUUCUGCGGCAUUCUCCGCACUGGAAUCACCCAUGCCUUCACCUACCAAACAGCCGGGCGAAAUCACCACAUUAUUUAAGGAUUUCUUCGGACCGCCACGCCCUAGAAAGGACUUUAAGGUUGACGCGGGCGAGGUGUUGAUGAGCCACCCCGAGCCAGUAGCUAAGAUCCAAACCCAGGAGGUUCAGAUGUACCGACUCUCGGGCGACGGCAAGAAGACGCCCGUGUCGUCGCAGAACGAGCGUGUACUUUUUGAUGGCGAGAUGUACAUUUGUGCCCAUAGCUUCAAGUCUGCAGCUGGGUCAGGCACCGUCGAAUUGUACUUUUGGGUCGGUGAUGAGGUUCCCGAGGCUCUGGCACAAGACGCGCAAAUUUUUGCCCAAAGGGAAGCCAAGGCUAUCGGCGGCAGACUUUUGAAGCUGUACCAAGGAAAGGAGACGACCGAGUUCAUGCAAGCCCUGGGCGGCGUCAUUAUCGUGCGACGCGGCUCCAGCGACCGCUUCGACAGUCUGGCCCCGCACAUGCUUUGCGGCCGCCGAUAUCUCGGACAGGUUGCUUUUGACGAGGUGGACAUGAGCACUUCUAGCCUCUGCGCUGGAUUUCCCUUUAUCAUUUCGCACAGCGGCAAGUGCUGCCUGUGGAAGGGUAAAGGCAGUGAUGUAGACGAGCUGAGCGCCGCCCGACUGGUUGGUAUGGAGAACACCAUUUCUGGCGAGCUCAUGGAGCUCGAAGAGGGCAGCGAGCCGGUUUCGUUCUGGCAACUGUUCGAGGAAGGCCAAGCCAAGUCUCACUCUGCCGAUCACUGGCGCCUCAAGCCCAACUACAGCAAGUAUGGCAGCAGACUGUUCUGCUCUGACGCCGAUGCGCGCCACCAGAUUACAGAGAUUGCGCCCUUUAACCAGACGGACUUGUCACCUCUGAAGAUUUAUGUGCUGGACGCCUUUUUUGAAAUGUAUGUUGUCGUGGGCUCCGGUGCGCAGUCGCAAUACUCGUCCUUCCGCAACGCGCUCGAUUUUGCGCAAGAAUACGCCAUCCUAUCUGCGAGUAUGGAGGACCGCCCAUUUGUGCCCGUUUCUACCAUUGUGCUGGAGGGCAUCCCGCGAGAUCUGAAGCGCGUGUUCCGCAAGUGGGAGGAUGCGCGCAACCCCACGGUGACGAACACGUACCUAAGGCGCGGGCGCAGCUUGAGGGUUGUGCCGCUGUCGCAGGCGCUGCAGGCUCUGAGCGAGUAG